AGCCGGCCCGGCGGUAGUGAUGGGGGAACCGGGGCCCGGCGCGGCUGCCCCGAGCUCGGCGGCGCUGAGCUCUGCUGUCCCAGAUGGAGAUGGACGACGGGAAGGGCGGCUCGGGGCUCCGGCAGUAUUACCUGUCCAAGAUCGAGGAGCUGCAGCUCAUAGUGAACGAGAAGAGCCAGAACCUGCGGCGGCUGCAGGCACAGAGGAACGAACUCAACGCCAAGGUGCGGCUGCUGCGGGAGGAGCUGCAGCUGCUGCAGGAGCAGGGAUCCUACGUGGGAGAGGUGGUGAGAGCCAUGGACAAGAAGAAGGUGCUGGUCAAGGUGCACCCAGAGGGGAAGUUUGUGGUGGAUGUGGACAAGAACAUUGACAUCAAUGAUGUGACCCCCAACUGCCGCGUGGCCCUCCGCAACGACAGCUACACCUUGCACAAGAUCCUGCCCAACAAGGUGGACCCGCUGGUGUCCCUCAUGAUGGUGGAGAAGGUCCCAGACUCCACCUACGAGAUGAUUGGGGGCCUGGACAAGCAGAUCAAGGAGAUCAAGGAGGUCAUCGAGCUGCCCGUGAAGCACCCGGAGCUCUUUGAGGCUCUGGGCAUCGCCCAGCCCAAGGGGGUGCUGCUCUACGGCCCCCCCGGCACGGGGAAGACGCUGCUGGCACGGGCUGUGGCCCAUCACACCGACUGCACCUUCAUCCGUGUGUCCGGCUCCGAGCUCGUGCAGAAGUUCAUCGGUGAAGGGGCCCGCAUGGUGCGGGAGCUGUUUGUGAUGGCGCGGGAGCACGCGCCCUCCAUCAUCUUCAUGGACGAGAUCGACUCCAUCGGCUCCUCCCGCCUGGAGGGCGGCUCCGGUGGUGACAGCGAGGUGCAGCGCACCAUGCUCGAGCUCCUCAACCAGCUCGAUGGCUUCGAGGCCACCAAGAACAUCAAGGUGAUCAUGGCCACCAACAGGAUCGACAUCCUGGACUCGGCCCUGCUGCGCCCCGGCCGCAUCGACAGGAAAAUCGAAUUCCCCCCUCCCAACGAGGAGGCCCGCCUGGACAUCCUCAAGAUCCACUCGCGGAAGAUGAACCUGACCCGGGGCAUCAACCUGCGCAAAAUCGCGGAGCUGAUGCCGGGGGCCUCGGGGGCUGAGGUGAAGGGUGUGUGCACAGAGGCUGGGAUGUACGCACUGAGGGAGAGGAGAGUGCACGUCACACAGGAGGACUUUGAGAUGGCCGUGGCCAAGGUGAUGCAGAAGGACAGUGAGAAGAACAUGUCCAUCAAGAAGCUGUGGAAGUAACAGUGAGGCUGGAGCUGCUCCCUCUGUGCUGUCAAUAAAGAGCUGCUGUGGCCAGG